AUUCAUCAUCAUCACCCAACCCAAUCCCCUUCUCCACUCAUCUCAUCUCAUCUCCCACACACAACCAGAUUGAUUGAUUGAUUCAGAUUCCUUUUCCUUUCCUUUCCCAGAAACUAAAUAUUAUUAUUAUUAUUAUUAUUAUUAUUAUUAUUAUUAUUAUUAUUAUAAUAACAUUAUUGUUACUACAGUGAUAAUAAUAAUAAUAAUUAAAAUCCCUCUUUUUCCCUCCCCGACCGUCGUUACUCUCUCAUUUCUUCCCCAUUUCAAAAUCAAUCGGAAUUUCCCUAAUUUUCCGGGAACCUAGGGCACAAAAUGGUUUCCCGGGAAAAUCCCAAUUGGUUUUUCGAUUAUGGCUUGAUUGAUGAAAUUUCCGUUCCCGAUCCCACCUUCGCCGUUCCUUCCCAAGGUUUCACUUGGCCCUCCCAGCCCUUCAAUGUUUCUUCCAAUGUCGGUGCUGAAAUUGAUAGCUCAUUAGGGGAUUCUGGCAGUCUCAAAGAGUCUGGUUCAAAGAAGAGGGGUAGAUCUGAGUCAUGUGCUGCUACUAGCUCCAAGGCAUGUCGGGAGAAGUUGCGUAGAGAUAGGCUUAAUGACAAGUUUGUCGAAUUGGGUUCGAUCUUGGAGCCUGGAAGGCCUGCAAAAACAGACAAGGCUGCUAUCCUGAUUGAUGCUGUGCGAAUGGUGACACAGUUAAGGGGCGAGGCCCAAAAGCUUAAAGAUGCUAAUAUGGGUCUUCAAGAAAAAAUUAAAGAGUUAAAGGUUGAAAAGAAUGAACUUCGUGACGAGAAACAGAGACUCAAGACAGAGAAAGAGAAAUUGGAGCAGCAGCUGAAAUCUAUCAAUGCACAACCUAGUUUCUUGCCUGCCCCCCCUACUGCACUCCCUGCUGCAUUUGCUGCGCAAGGCCAAGCCCAUGGCAACAAGUUGGUACCCUUUCUUAGUUAUCCAGGAGUUGCAAUGUGGCAAUUUAUGCCACCUGCUGCAGUGGAUACCUCACAGGAUCAUGUACUUCGUCCUCCAGUUGCCUAAGCUGGAACUGUGCAAUUCUUUGAGCUUCCAUUUUGGCUCAAGAUUGUAUCCAAUCACCAAUACCUUCAUGGCUUUGUUAGUUUUUAAUGUAUUCUAACUGGACGCAGUGGCUUCUGUUUGUAUUUUGCAUAUGGAUACUAUUAUGAAUUAAUGCUCUGGUAUUUUUGUGUAAAUGUUAAUAAGCUUUGUAUCA